AUGUCAGCAGAGUUGUCUUACAAGGAUAGAGUUGUGAUUAUUACUGGAGCCGGUGGUGGUUUGGGACGUGUGUACGCUCUCGAGUUUGCCAAGCGUGGCGCAAAGGUCGUUGUUAAUGAUCUGGGCACUGCCUCGUCGGGAGAGGGCGCUGAUGUGAAGGCCGCCGACAAGGUCGUCAAUGAGAUCAAGGCCGCUGGCGGUGUUGCCGUGGCCAACUACGACUCAGUGGAGGAUGGCGAGAAGAUCGUCGCCACCGCCCUCAACGCAUUCGGUCGCGUCGACGUGUUGAUCAACAACGCCGGUAUUCUCAGAGACGUCAGCUUUGGCAAGAUGACCGACAGCGACUGGGAUCUCGUCUAUCGCGUGCAUUGCAAGGGUGCCUACAAGCUGACCCGUGCCGCCUGGAACCACAUGCGCGACAACAAGUACGGUCGUAUCAUCAUGACCUCUUCGGCCGCCGGUCUCUACGGAAACUUUGGCCAGGGUAACUACUCUUCGAUGAAGAUGGCCCUCGUCGGUCUGUCCAACACACUCGCUCAAGAGGGCAAGUCGCGUAACAUCACCUGUAACGCCAUCGCCCCAAUUGCCGCCUCCAGAAUGACAGAGACCGUCAUGCCACCCGAUCUCCUUGCCCUCAUGAAGCCCGAGUUUGUCGUGCCACUGGUUCUCUACCUGUGCCACGAGUCCACCACCGAGACCGGUUCGAUCUUUGAGGUCGGUGCCGGCUGGGUCAGCAAGCUGCGUCUCCAGAGAGGUGCUGGCGUGCUCAUCCCCGACAUCACCGCCGAGAAGGUCAAGGAGAACUGGGCCGCCGUCGAGGACUUCUCCAACCCGACCUACCCAACCACACCAACCGAGUCGUUCUCGGGCAUCAUGACCGCCCUGAACAACCCAGUCAAGGUGUCGAUCGCCCCAGUCAAGGCUGCCGCCCCCGCUGCCGCCGCCGCUGGUGCCUCUGUCGUCGUCGCCGGCUACAAGGCAUCCAACGUGUUUGAGACCAUCCAAAAGACCAUCGGAUCCAACGGCGCCGAGCUCGUCAAGAAGAUCAACGGUGUCUACUUCAUCAAGGUCACCCAGGGUGGCAAGUCACAGACAUGGACCAUCAACCUCAAGACUGGCAACGGAGCCAUCAGCAUUGGCGAGGUUGGAAAGCAGGACGUCACCAUCACUGCUGCCGACGAGGACUUUGUCGACAUCAUGACUGGCAAGCUCAAUGCACAGACCGCCUUCAUGAAGGGCAAGUUGAAGAUCAAUGGAAACAUGGGUCUCGCCACCAAGUUGGGUAACAUCAUGCAGAAGUCCAAGCUCUAA